AGAACAUACCCCCCAGGGGGGAUAUUUUGUGUAUUCAUGUACUUGUAUGUACAUGUAUCUUGUCUUCAUCUAUGCUUCAUCUUUGCAGAUUAUCAAACUAUUCAAUGCCAAUGCCGAUUUAAGGUUUUUGUACGAGGUAAAGAAUUGGACAUAUUUUUUCAGUACGUCUCACUAGCUAGUUCUGAUUUAAAUGAACAAAUUGUGGAAAUACGUGGCUAGUUCGGUUUUUAUUGGUUCAGUUACUUACGGCCUAAUAAAGUACUUCAGAGGUGGCGUUUGUACCUGCUCAAAGACACUGCAUGGAUUGGGACCAGUGAUUAUCACUGGAGGUAAUUCGGACAUCGGCAAAGCCUUAGCCAUUGAGUUGGGACUGCGAGGUGGUACGCUGAUAUUGGCCUGUCGCGAUCUUAAAAAAGGGGCCAAAGCUAAACUGGAAAUAGCAAAAGCUGUGAACAGACCGUCGCUGAGAGUGUUUGUGAAGCACUUGGAUUUCUGUUCGUUUCAGUCGAUUAGGAGCUUUGCAGACACAAUCGAAAAGGAGUUUCCCCAGAUCUACGCAUUGGUCAACUGUGCUGGCGUGUUCUACCAUCCACAGCAACUAACUGACGACCGAUACGACGUAACGUUCCAGACCAAUUAUUUAGGGCCGUUUGUUCUAACCCAUUAUCUGUUGGACCACUUGAAGAAACAAAAUUGCUGUCGAGUGGUUAACGUUUCAUCUGAAGCGCAUCGUAAAGUCCGUGUGAAUGAUCUGCUAGCGAUCCUGCAUGAUCAGUCUGAGCUCCGCUCGCAUCUGGUGGCUUAUGGAGUCUCCAAGUUACUCUUAAACUUUUUUACGAUCGAUCUGGGUCGGUCUAUGCGGUUUUCCAGAAACAAGGGUUUGCUAAUAAACGUCGCAGAUCCAGGUUAUACAGAGACAAAGUUAUACAGAAACUAUUCCAAUCCGGAACUCCAGGAGCACUCCAAUAGCUGGCUAUUCCCGCUACAAAAGCUUUUCAGGCAAUUGGCACGUAAAACACCUCAGGAGGGGUGCCAGACAAUACUCCACACACUGUUGGUUCCUGAAGCAACUUGGGGAAAGUACUACAGCAAUUGUAGAGUCGUGCCGCCUCUAGAACUAUUUGGAACUUACAAAGAUCCUGCCAAAGUGUUCCACAAUUACACUUACUACUGUUUAUUAGACUUGCCACUCUACCGCCCUGCCAAUAUAUGGAAGGAGAGGCCAACAGAUCCAUGGUUCUGCAAAUAGGGGGUUCGUUUGGCUACAUAAUACGCAAAGAGACCCUAAUUGCGGGUCGAUGGGGCGCAAAGCCUUACGAAGGCAGUGGUGUUCGGUUGAACAUUGCAGAAGGCCCGCUUGAGUUGAUGGUUUUUGAUGGAAAGUCACUGAUUAUUGGUGAAAUUGGCGGGCCGUUCGGCUCACUUGUAGAUGCUUGUGUCUGCUCUAUGCACUUGAGUGAAAAAGCUCACUUUCGUGUUGAAAUGACUCCAGAGGAAAUCGAUCUUACAAUUGAAUUAGUAGAGCUGGAUUUUGGAGGUUUUAUUCAUCAGUGGGAUGCUGCAAAAAAGUUCGAUAUGGCGGUAAAACGUAAAGAAUUGGGGAAACAGCUUUUUCAGGAAAACCUCCUGACUGAAGCAGCCAAUAGAUUUUCCAAAGCAUUUAGGGUGCUCUGCUCGAUACCCAUUUCGGUUGAAACGCCCCUAGACUGUAUAGAUAGCGUCAAUGUAAGCGAUAUUCAGCUACUCAAGGAAACACUGUACAACAACAUGUCUGCUUGCUACUUCAGGCACCAGAAUUUUGACUCCGUAAUCCCACUUUGUCAAAAAGUUCUCGCUCUAAACCCCUGCAAUGUGAAGGCUCUGUUUAAAAUCGGAGUGGCGUACGAGCAUGAAAGAGACUUUGAAAAAGCCCAUCAAGCGCUAUCCACCGUCUUAGAAAUAGAGCCCAACAACAAAGCAGCCGCCGACCAUCUGGAAACUGUUAAAGUCCAGUUGAGGCAGGUCAACUUUCGCCUCAAUUCUAUGAUGAAGAAAAUGAUUUCGGGCACAAUCGGCAAGUGAUUCGAGCAGGUUUUAUGUUAAUCGUAGUCGUAAGUAUAUUUUGUAAUCGCCUAAGUUCAUUAAAUUGUCUUCUGUAGUUGAA